AUGGGCUUGCCUCAGUUCUCCUCCAGCAGCAUUGCUGAGGAAGUAGCCACAUCUUUGAGCACAAUUGUGCAAACUUCACCUCGAAUUGUUGGUGUGAGCAGUUGCGAUUUGAGUGGGAUGCAUGGAGGAAACCUUGGACAUCGAAUGCAGAUGGAAAUGCCUUGCACUUCUCUUACAGAUUUCCAAAAGCAAACCAUUGUAGAGAAUAAGAAUGGCUUAUUAAGUCAUAAAAGUGGACAGAAUGUCCAUACACCUGUUCCUAGGGUUGUUGGUUUUGAGUCAAGGGGAUUGAAUUCUCCUGUUGGUGUAUUUAAUGGAAAACAAACUGCUUCUACUGUAGUUACCAUCAGAGCUAAUGCAGUCGGGUCGACUGCAUCAGACAAGAAGCGGUUAUUGUCUCCUCUGAGUGGGAUGCUUCACCCUGAUCAAUUAAAUGGUGCUUCCCUAGACAUUGAUGAUGGUAUUUGUAAGAGUAAUCUAUGGGGUAGCAAGGACAAUUACAAGGUUCCUAUGUCACAAGAGCACAAGAAGGCUCAUAUUGGAAAUUCCAGUUAUUUUAAUUGUUCAAACUGGUCGGCAUCUUGUCUUCCAGAAUGGAAGAAUUCACCUGUUGAUAAUUGCGAGGCAAACUCCAUAUUCUUUUCUGAUGGCCCUGUGCUUCAGACAGGGUUCAAGCCUCAUGAUAAAUUUAUGUCUUCACCUGGACUUAAUUAUUUUGGAGAAACAACACAGGUAAAACGUCAAACCAGUGCUAUUUCAAUUCCCUUAACAAAAGCAGCAUCACCUCCCUUGUCAUUGUCUCCUCUUGGUCCAAAACUCGCUGAAGGAAUAAAAUCUCCAGGAGUGCGCAGCAAUAUCACCAGAAAGGUCGAUGAUGGCUUUCUUACCUUCACGGAUAUAGAACAGUCGCUUGAUGGAACUGUCUCUGGCAUUUUAUCUUCCCCGAAGGAUGGGGGUUUUAAAAUACUAGAUGAAUCAUUAAAUGGUUUUGAUAAUCUGCACACAAAAUUUGAUUCGUUUACUUCUGAGGUUACCAGUGGCAUUGGACAGCCUUGGUGUGAGGAUUCAAAUCUUGGUUCUCUAAAUGUCAAAUUAUGUAGAAGUUUUACUGGUGUGCAUGUUAGAAGGUCUUUGGUUGGUUCGUUUGAGGAGUCCCUGUUAUCUGGUCGGUUAUCAUCUGGUAAAGUCAGUCAGAGAAUUGAUGGGUUCCUUGCUGUUCUAAAUGUCACUGGAGGAAAUUUCUCUCCGAAGACACAAAAACUUCCUUUCACAGUAACUAGCGUAGAUGGAAAUAACUACUUACUCUACUAUUCAUCGAUAGAUCUAGCAGCGAAUGUGCAAGGAAACAAGUAUAGUGACCAAAAAAUGAGGAGGAGCCUUAGCAUUGAUGAUUCACGAUCCGAAAGAAGCAGACUGCGGAUACCAAUGAAAGGGAGAAUACAAUUGGUUCUCAGCAAUCCAGAAAAGACACCUAUUCAUACUUUCUGUUGUAGCUAUGAUUUAAGUGACAUGCCAGCUGGUACCAAGACAUGUCUGCGCCAAAAGAUCACCCUAUCCUCUUCAGCACCAGCUUCUUUACCUGUGAAUGGAAGGAACAGAGAUUCUGACGUGAAAAAUGGUGCGAAGCCAUCGGCACUCCCAAAUACUAGUAAUUCCUUACCUCAUGGAAGAGAUGCUACCAAUUCAACUCGACUUGACACUGUAAAUAAUACUAGAUCUUCUGACUAUAGUAGAUUCAGUAAUAAUGAAAGUAAAAUUACUGAUGUGGAGGACUGCAGCCCUCCAAAUUCGUCUCGUUUGUGCAUAAGCAAGUCUGUACAUGGUUCUUCAAAGGUCAAUGCGAACACCACUGGAGCUGGUGUUCUACGUUAUGCUCUUCAGCUCCAAUUUAUGUGUCCUCUUCCAAAGAAAAGUUCAAGGUCAUUCCAGAGGUGCAAAUCUGAUCCUUCAUCUGUACCAGCAGCAGACAAUAUGGACAUCGACAGCGAGCGACGCUUCUACUUGUAUAGCAAUAUGAGGGUAGUGUUCCCACAGCGCCAUUCGGAUUCAGAUGAGGGCAAGCUAAAGGUGGAAUAUGAUUAUCCGUCAGAUCCAAAGUACUUUGACAUUUAA